UGUGUUAUGUAUUGUGUGUUUGUGUAUUGGAAGGGGUUUAGGAUAAAUGUACCUACGGAAGAAUGUUAAUGCCAUGAGUUUGGGCUAGGUUGUAGCUUUAUUCAUUGUGUGGUGAAAGUUCCUGGGCAUUGGCCACAGUAGCUGUGUGUUAACCCAUUCAUAGAAGCUAACUACCUUUAGCGUCUAUUGACGGCCACCGACGACGCUCGUUCUGAAUGUUAAAACGCAUCGCUUGUAGUAUGGUUUUGGAAACAUAAGGAACGUAUCUUCCAUAUCAGCAAGACGAAGAAAAAAGGUUAAAUUAGUACACACCUUUUUAUAGGUUUAGUGUUCCCACGUGGCCAUAUCUCCAUGUUACAGCGCUUGUUUACGGAAUACAGACAGAAGACAGGCGGCCACCUGUGCUUAUCAGCUAUCUAGCGUACUCGGAACACCUGUGUGUAAGCGGUUCCUCAAUUUGAGGCACACACAGCGUAUGAAUCUGUGUAAAACUGCUACAGUGCAGGGGCAGCCUCUGAUGGUGCAGGUGAGCGGCGGUCAGCUCAUCACCUCGUCGGGCCAGCCCAUUAUGGUCAUGGGGGGGCAGGGAGGGCAGGGGCAGACCAUCAUGCAGGUGCCCAUGUCUGGAUCUCAGGGGCUCCAACAGAUCCAGCUGGUGCAGCCAGGUCAGAUCCAACUCCAGGGGGGACAGACUCUACAGGUACAGGGUCAGCAAGGCCAGACCCAGCAGUUCAUCAUUCAGCAGCCCCAAACUGCUGUGACCGCAGGACAGAACCAGGGCCAGCAGCAGAUUACAUUACAGCCGGGGCAGCAAGUGGCUCAGACUGCAGACGGUCAGACCAUUGUGUACCAGCCAGUCAAUGCUGAUGGGUCCAUUCUACAGCAAGGUUUGAUCACCAUCCCUGCCUCUAGUCUGGCUGGUGCUCAGAUCGUUCAAGCAAGCAACAGCACCAACACAACAAACAGUGGUCAGGGUACAGUGACUGUCACACUGCCUGGCAACAUGGUCAACGCAGGUGGCAUGGUCAUGAUGGUUCCGGGUGGCGGUGGCAGUGUGCCCACCAUGCAGCGUAUCCCCCUGCCGGGGGCAGAGAUGCUGGAGGAGGAGCCUCUGUAUGUCAACGCUAAGCAGUACCACCGCAUCCUGAAGAGACGACAGGCCCGCGCCAAGCUGGAGGCAGAGGGAAAGAUCCCCAAGGAGAGGAGGAAAUACCUGCACGAGUCUCGUCACAAGCACGCCAUGGCGAGGAAGAGGGGUGAUGGCGGACGCUUUUUCUCGCCGAAGGAGAGGGAGGAGAUGGCUCUGGCCAUGCAGGUGAGGAGGGCUCAGGGUGCCCUCAAACAAGAGGAUGUGUUUGGAGGUGUUGAACUCACCUCUAAUUGGCAACCUACUUCUGUUGCCUCCCUCAGCUAACCAACAAGUAGCAGCCAUUUCCACCCCUCACUCUGUCACAUGUCCACCGCAGCCACUCAUUUCCCCUGCACUCUUAAAACGGUCAUCCUUGCUAUCUUUGUAUGUUUUACUAUAUUGGUUACCUUGUAGUUUUGUAUCAAAGAAUAGUAUAGUUUUUUACAAGUUAUGUUUUUUUGUGUACUUGUUUUUUGAGUAUAUAAACAGGGGUGCUUUUAGAUGCGGGCAUAUUUUUUUGUGUACCCUUUGUUGUUCUUUUGAUGUAUUCCAGCCACUUGAUCCCUAACCAUGUCUCUGGCAAACCACGCUGUUCAAAAGCUUGUUCUUUCACAUAGAGCUGUACAUACAGACCACAGGAUGCUGCUGAGGGGAGAACACCUCAUAAUAAUGUCCAGAACAGAAACGGAGCAGAUGGAAUGGCAUCAAACACCUGGAAACCAUGUGUUUGACGUAUUUGUUACCAUUCCACUUAUUCUGCUCCGGUCAUUAUCACGAGCCCAUCCUCCCCAAUUAAUGUGCCACCAACCUCCUUUGAUACUGACUCAGUAAAAUGUUUUCCAAUGUCAUUUGAAAUGUGUCUUGGCUUUGUUUGAGCUCUUGUUGCAAGCUGAAGAAUGUUAGAAUGUUAAUGUUGCUGUUUUUGUCCAGUGUUGCUUCCUUGCUGUUGUCUUGUUAAACUUGUACCAUGUUGUAGUGUAAACAUCUCUGCUAACACCUGUGUUCAUUUAACAGCUGCAGGGCUAGGAUGGGAGUGGUUUAAAGGUACUGUAUGAAUUUAACACAAGAUCACUAUAAAACAAAUAUUUAUUUUCCUAACCUUUGUCAAUGCUGCUUCAUAUUAUGAAUGUCUUGGAUCAGACCCACCCCUCAAUGUAGGUUGAUUUAUCCUAAUUUUAAAUAUUAAACAUGGUGCUAUACAUCCAACCAUCCUUGGAGAAAGAGCAAUUAACACCAAUGCUGAACAUAUAGUAAUUAUACACACAUUAAGCCUGAAUUUGCAGCAGUUUUAUUUAUGCCCACGCAAGGUUUAUUGGGAAGUUGGUAAUGGCUAACCACAUGUAACAGAUUAAGAAUGAGGCUGUGUGUGUUUUCUAUGUAUAAUGUUUGUGUAUGAUUUCUGUUUUUAUGAUUGCUGAUAUUUUUCUGCGACUGCCACCUGUCUCAUUGCCCAUCAUUCACAUUUGUGACCUGUGUGUUUAUGUGUAGUUACAAUUAAACAUUUAUCUUUCUGUUGGUAUUGUUUUUAAAUGAAUAAAGACUUGGCUUUCAAUCUUCAA